UGUAUAAAAACUACCAAUGUACCUAAUUUUAAAUCGAGGCUUUAAGUCUACGCUGUUGAAAAAUUAUGCAAAAAGUGUAAGACCCAUCAUGCAAGUACAAAGUCAAUCAUUCAAUACGUAGUCCAGCCCUUUUAUCGUAUUUGAGAACUCUGACAUUGUCACAAUUGUCCCCAGGUACAUGUAAUCUACCCGGUAGCUUGUACCAUUGAGAGUUAUGGAGGGCAAGCUGGACUCGGUGACAACAGAAAAAAGAAAUGACAAUAAGUCACUUGUGCUCAAUAAAACACAUUUUCAAGUGCACAGGUUCUACAUGUUGAAACUGUUUGUAUAAAGCUUUAUAUUUCAGAAGGGAGAUCUGGAUGCUUCAACCUUGUAGGCACUGGCUAUGCUCAUGUUGAAAACGUACAUAAGAAUACCAAAAGAGUUCAUGGAGCGUACAGAUUGGCAGCUUUUAUCAGCUGAUAACAAGAAAGUUGAAGCCACUAUGAGACACCCUGGUCUUGAAUUUAGAGAUUAUGACAAAACAGGUAAACCAAAGUUAUGGGAAAUGAUGAGUUUAUGUUCUUCAUCUCGUGUGUACAUGCAUCAUGUUGCAAUAGAUGAUGUUGGAAGCACUUUUCGAGACUUCAAAGACUUAACAAAAGAUCACAUGACUUUCCUUGUAACUAGUCAACUGACUUUUUCAAAAGCAUUAUACAACAUGUCCAUUCUGAAUAAUCCUUUGUUUAUAAAAGUACAAGGUGGUUAUAUAGGAAACACUUCUUUAAAUGCUCUUACAACUGUAAGCUUGGAUGAAAACAGCACAGAAUUAAUGUCAAACUUAAAUCAAGUUGUGUAUAUUGAUCCAGAAACAAGAAAACCAACUCCAUUACCAAGUUGGUGGAAAGAAAAAUAUGCUGAAUCUUCCAAAGAGAAAUCAUCACUGAUAAUAGACAAAUUUAAAAGACCAUUAAAAACAGGUCGUCAAAGAUUUCAGGUCACUUGGACAUAUACAGACGGCUAUGAGCAUGCAAAUUGGACAAGUUAUGCACGAUAUGCAGUUGACAGUGCACAUCUUUGUAGCAAAGAAGGAAUAUUAAAGAAUUUUGAGGAAAAUAUAAAAAAUGGUGUUUCAAACAUUCAGUUGCACUACUAUGGAGAAUCAGUACAGGGUGAUUAUUUAGACAUUUAUACUUGGGAAGAUUCAGAGGACUCAAAAAAACUUUAUUUUGAUAUAAGCAAAGAUGAAAAAUCUAUAUUUCAGUGUAUCAUGUAUUUCUUUUGAUAGUGUAAUAUUUGCAUUACCUUACCGACUUACAAAAAUCUGGUAAUAAAAUUGUACUUAGAAUUGCUA